GGAGAUGCUGUCCCCACCGAGGCGAUGGAUCAGGGACCAGUCUCCGGGCUCUGUCACCUCGUGUGUGAGGAGGGGGCUGUGCAGCAGGCGGCACUCUCUGUGGAUUCUACUCAUCCUGCUCGUGGUCUGCAUCGCCAUUCAGACCUUUGUUGCCCGCCAGGCCAGGAAUGACAAGCUGACAGGACUCCCACAUCUGAGAUUCACUGUCAACAAACAGCACCUGUUUCCUACAGUGCAAAAUGCCUGGGAAAGCAUCCAAUCACUUACUGCAAAGAGGGACGUGAAGUCACCUCAGACAGACAGAACUGCAGAUGUUCAUCAACAGAAUGAGGGAUACCGAAAACAACUGGAUUAUAUUCUGUCAAAACAUGUGGACAACCUUGCUAUAGACUCUCAGACGAAGGCAAGGAAAGUCUCUGCUGGGAAGCCUCUUCUACCAAAACACGGAGCAAGCCUUGGACUUCAGGUUCCUCUGGCCCUCAACAGCACUAGGAAAAGUUUGAUUCCCAAUCCGCCUAGUCUUUUAAAGGCUCACAUCAACAGUGUCCCUACUAAAGAAACCUGCCACCCAAAGUCUCACAUUGUUUUCCUGAAGACACACAAAACAGCAAGCAGCACCAUCUUAAACAUACUGUAUCGCUAUGGAGAAAGCAGGAACUUGACUUUUGCUCUCCCUCUGAACAAACACAGCCAGCUGUUUUACCCGUUCUCCUUUGCUUCACAUUUUGUGGAAGGUGUCAGCAGCCGAAGUUUGAGGGAGUUUCACAUUAUGUGCAACCACAUGAGGUUCAGAAAAUAUGAGGUUGCCAAAGUGAUGCCUAGGGAUACCUUCUACUUUUCCAUCCUGAGGAACCCUGUGGCCAUGAUGGAGUCCAUCUUCAUCUAUUACAGAAGCAUCCCAGCCUUCCACAAGACUCACAGCUUGGACAACUUCCUCGACAACAGUUGGAAAAACUACAACUCAUCGGUGACCAACAACCACUACGCUCACAAUAUCUUGGCUUUUGACUUUGGCUUCGACAACAAUGUUGCACCUGGUGCUGAUGACCUGGAGGAGAGAACCAGCAUGGCCAUUGCAGCCAUUGAACGAGACUUCCACCUUAUUCUCAUCUCUGAAUACUUUGAUGAGUCCAUGAUCCUGCUCAAGCAUGCCCUCUGCUGGUCCCUAGAAGAUGUUGUUUCUUUUAAGCUCAACAGUCGCAGCGAAAAAUCCCGUCACCCACUUUUACCAGAAACUGCAGAGAAAAUAAAGAGGUGGAAUGCUUUGGACUGGAGGAUCUACCUGCACUUUAACACCUCAUUCUGGCUCAAAGUGGAUAGUCUUGUUGGGCAAGAGCAGAUGAAGAGAGAAGUCUCUCAGUUGAGAGAGCUACAGACUAAGCUGGCAAACAGCUGCCUGAAAGAUGGGGGGGCAGUUGACCCGUCCAAGAUAAAAGACGUGGGGCUAAAGCCCUUCCAGUAUGGAGCAGCUGUAAUUCAGGGAUAUAACUUAAACCCAGACUUAGACACACAGACCAAAAUUAAAUGUCAAAGACUUAUAACUCCAGAACUGCAGUACACAGACCGUUUAUACACCCAGCAGUUCCCAGAGCUGGCCGCUAAGCAUAAACAAGAAACUAAGGGGGUGUCUCCACGGCGACAGCGCUCUGACAGGACUGGUAUGAUUGGAAGAGCCUGGGCAAGGGACGCCCAUUACAGACAGAUGAUGAGACGCAAAUUCUCUAAUCUAAAGAACCAAAAGGCCUUGACAAGUGCCCUGUUACCACACACUGACGCUAACAACAAUACAAGUAUGCCAUGAUUGGUCACUGCGACUAAUUGUCAUGGUAAAUGUUUGUUUAAUGGAAGCAGCUGUUUUGUCUCAUACUAUAUUUCUAGAAUUACCCUGGCAUGGUAUUAUCCAUCAUAUCCAACAAAAUGAAAAUGUUAAGAUGGACCAAACAAAAUAUUGUUUUGCAUUUGUUAUAGCCUUACAAAUACUGAAGCUAAAAAUGUAAAGGUGUUCUUUAAGGUGAUGA